GAAACAACAGAAGUCAGUUGCAGACUUGCGCUCUGCCAAGAAACACGCGUACGUCGCGAUCCUCGCCGCGGACGUGGAGUCUAUACGCGCCGCUCUGUUUGUUGACACCUGUUGCUGGCGUCGGCAAGAACCAAAGUGAUAGCAUUACAGCAUCGCUGCUGACAGUGCUGCGAGUGUGUGAAGGAAGUGAGGAGGCUUCGAGAGUGUGUGCGUGUGAGUGAAGUGUGCGGCCGUUUCGUGUGUCGUUGUGACGGAAUGCAAUUAAUAGAAUAGUGUGCAAGUGUUCCGUGAAUAAAACCCCCCCGGAUUUUGGAUACACGUCCAUUUUUCGUCGGAUAGUUGCAACGAGGAAAGUAUGAGCAACUUCUGCCGGGUGCCAGCAUGAGUCAGCGCGAAGAUGUGGCCAAGUUCGAACUUUCGCGCAUUAAGGCGCUCCAGGAGGAGCGACUCCACAUCCAGAAAAAGACCUUCACAAAAUGGAUGAACUCGUUCCUGCAGAAGGCCCGGAUGGAGGUGGAGGACUUGUUCACGGACCUCGCCGACGGCAAGAAGCUGCUCAAGCUGCUGGAGAUCAUCUCCGGCGAGAAGCUGGGCAAGCCCAACAACGGCAAGAUGCGCGUCCACAAGGUGGAGAACGUGAACAAGUCCCUGGCGUUCCUGCACACCAAGGUUCGCUUGGAGAGUAUUGGCGCGGAGGACAUCGUUGAUGGGAACCCUCGUCUCAUCUUGGGUCUUAUCUGGACCAUCAUUCUUCGCUUCCAAAUUCAAGAGAUCGAAAUUGACGUGGAUGAAGAAAAUGAGAGUAGUGAAAAGAAGUCAGCUAAAGAUGCUUUGCUGCUUUGGUGCCAAAGAAAAACCAAUGGUUACCCGGGAGUUCAAAUUCACGAUUUUACUGGCUCAUGGCGCAGUGGACUUGGAUUUAAUGCUCUUAUCCACGCUCAUCGACCAGACUUAAUUGAUUUCACAGUUCUUCAGCCUACCCGACACAUUGACAACCUUAAUAAUGCCUUUGACACUGCUGCAACACAUUUGGGCAUUCCUAGUCUUCUGGAUGCAGAAGAUGUUGAUACUAGUAGACCGGAUGAAAAGUCUAUUAUCACAUAUGUGGCAUCUUAUUAUCACACAUUUGCUCGAAUGAAAAAUGAAAUGAAGAGUGGCAGGCGGAUAGCCAAUAUCGUUGGCCAAAUGAUGGAUGCAGACAAAAUGAAGGUUCAUUAUGAAAGACUCACAUCUGAUCUUCUGCAAUGGAUUCGAUCAAAGAUCACUGAACUUGAAAACAGAGACUUCCCAAAUUCUCUUGAAGGUAUCCAGCGAGAAUUGCUGAGCUUCAAACAGUAUCGCACUGUAGAAAAGCCACCUAAGUACAAGGAGCGUAGUGAAAUUGAAGCGCUUUACUUUCAUAUAAACACUCAACUCAAGUCACUAAAUCAGCCAGCAUUUACACCCCAAGAAGGUCAAUUUAUUCAUGACCUGGAAAAGGGUUGGGAACAGCUGGAGAGAGCUGAGCAUCGACGUGAAGUUGCACUAAGGCAGGAGUUGCUGCGUCAAGAGAGGCUGGAACAACUGAACUACAAAUUCGAGCGAAAGAGUGUUCUUCGUGAAGGCUACUUGAAAGAAAUGAUACAAGUGUUAUCUGAUCCACGGUAUGGUAGCAACUUAUCUCAGGUUGAUGCUACUGUGAAGAAACAUGAAGCUAUAAGUGCAGAUAUUAUGGCUCGUGAAGAAAGGUUCCAUGAUUUAAGUAAUAUGUCAGCUGAACUUGUUCGUGAAAAUUACCAUGGUUCGGAAAGAGUCCAACAAAGAGAAACUGAAGUAUUAGAAAGAUGGCGUGAGCUUCUUGCUCUUCUUGAAAAGCAUAAGGCAAACCUUACUCUGUUGUGUGGUCUUAUGGCAAUUCUCCGAGAGAUGGAUACAGUUAUGGGAGCUAUUAAAGAUUUACAGGAUAACUUUUUGUCUGAAGAUGUUGGACCACACUUGCUUGCAGUUGAAGACCUACUUCAGAAGCACAGCCUGAUGGAGCUGCAAGUAACUGCUAUCGGGGAAACCCAGCGUCGUCUUGGCCGGCAAGGGCAGCAGUACAUAAACAGUGCACACCGUGAUGCUGAGAAGCUGCAACAACGUCUUGACGCUCUCAACGCAGCCUAUGACUCACUACUCGAAUGCAGCAAAGAGAGACGAGCUCGCCUAGAAGAAGCUCGCAACUUCUUCCAGUUCAUCCAGGACCAUGAAGAUGAAGAGGGCUGGAUUGUUGAUAAACAAAGAAUUUGUAAAACAGGAAUUUCUGCCAAAGACCUACGUGCUGUCCUUAGCUUACAACAGAAACAUAAAGUGUUACAAGAUGAAAUGAGUAUGCGGCGCCCCAAAUCAGAUCAAGUGUGUGAGGCAGGUCGUCAGCUAAUCACCGACAAACAUCCGAAAGCAGAAGAAAUUAACACUCGAAUUAACGGACUGGUAGAGCAGUGGAGCACCUUAAAUGAAUUGGUUGCUGUACGCCGCAAACAACUAGAGGAUGCAGCUGAGGCAUACCAGUUCUACACUGAUGCUAAUGAAGCAGAAUCAUGGCUGAAUGAGAAAAUGGCCAUUGUUGCAUCAACAGACUACGGUGAAGAUGAACCCUCUGCACAGGCACUUCUGCAGCGCCACCGUGACCUUCAGGGAGAGCUCAAUGCAUACAGCGGGGACAUUCAGAGUCUCAAUAGCCAAGCUGAAAAGCUAGUCAAGGCUGGCAUCUCAACUUUAGAGUUGUCUGCCGAGCCUGAACCUUUGGCUGAGGUUGAUGGCGCUAAUGAAGAAGAGUGGGUGAAUGAAGUGCGCUUGGUUCCACAAGAAGUUUGGGAAGAGGAGCCAAUUGAGAGAACUGAGUACCGUACAGUCACUGAGGAAAGAUUGGUACCCCAAGUCAGAAGCUCAUAUCCUUUCAGUGGUCAAGGAAUGUUGAUGGAAAAAGGAGAGGUCAUGUUCCUCCUCAACAAGACCAAUGAUGAUUGGUGGAAUGUCCGAAAGGCUAAUGGACAGGAUGGAUUUGUUCCUGCAAAUUAUGUCAGGGAAAUCGAACCAAAAACUGUACAAGUUCAAGUCAGGCGCCCUGAGAAAGUACGUGAGGUGAAGAGGGUGCGGAAAACAAAAAUGGUCAAGCAGGUAAUACCUGUUAGAAAACAGAAGACGCCCAAAGCACCUGGAAGAGUUGCCAGGAGGAAAUCUACUGAUGAUGAGAAUCAAAAUGUAGAAAAGCGACAACAGAAAAUCAACCUAACUUACAAACAACUUCAAGAUAUGGCUGUUCGUCGACAUGCACUCCUUGAGGAUUCAAUCAGACUUUUUGGAUUCUACAGGGAAUGUGAUGACUUUGAAAAAUGGAUCAAAGACAAGGAAAAGAUGUUGAGAGCAGAUGAUAGCACAGACAGUGUUGAAACUGCCAAGAGGAAAUAUGAGAAACCUGCAAAACGCAAUCAGAAUAAGAAAGGAGAAUCAUACAAGGCUGCAAAUGAUAUUGGACAGUGCAGAGUCAAUAUUAAAUUCCUCACGGACUUAUCUGCCUCCGGUAAGCGCGUCGAAGCAAUUGAUGCUGCUGUUGAAGAGUUUGUGCGUCAAGGUCACAGCCAUCUCGACAAAGUGAAAGCAAGGCAAAAUCAAAUCCAUCAGUUAUGGGACCAUCUUAAUUGGCUGAAGGGACAGAAGGAGCGCAGCCUUGAGGGAGCCUCUAGUGUUGAGUUGUUCCACCGUACGUGCGACGAAGCCCGCGACUGGAUGCAGGAGAAAAUGACUCAGCUGGAUACAGCAGAAUUAGGGCCGGACUUAAAAACAGUUCAAGCUCUACAAAGAAGGCAUCUUCAUCUGGAGAGAGAACUAGCACCUGUCCAAGAAAAAGUCAACAGAGUCAAUUUGCUAGCUAAUUCUGUCAAGUCAUCAUAUCCGAAUGAAAAAGGAAAUGUUAAUGCUCGUCAGAAGGAAGUUCAGGAAUUGUGGGAGAAAGUGAAGGCGAAGGCAGUUGAAAGAAGGUCCAGAUUAGAGGAUGCUGUUGGCCAACAAAUCUUCAUGAACAGUUCCAAGAAUUUGUUAAGCUGGGUUCAUUCAGUGAAAGAUUCCUUGAAUGCGGAUGAAACAGCUAGGGACUUGGCUACUGCUGAAAGCCUCCUGAAAAAGCAUGGUGAGCUUGGAGAUGAUAUUCGGGCCCAUGAAGAUGAAUUCCAUGAGAUAUCUGACUUGGGUAAGCAGCUUCUUCAGCGCAACCCGAAUCUUGUGGAAGUGAAAGCUCGUCUUGGAAAAUUGGCUGAGGAGCAGGAGGCUGUUGCUCGUGGAUGGCAGGAAAAGGGAUCUUGGCUUGAUCAGUGCAGAGAUUUACAAAUUUUCAAUAAAGAAGCUGAUGCCAUUGACACCACCUCUUCAAGCCAUGAAGCCUUCUUGGAGUUUACAGACCUUGGAGGAUCAUUAGAUGAUGUAGAAGCACUGCUGAAAAGGCAUGAGGAGUUUGAAAACAUGUUGAUUGCUCAAGAUGACCGUUUGAAGAGUUUUAGUGAGAUGGCGGAUAAGCUUAUUGCUGCUGGGCACUAUGAUAGUCAGGGCAUUGAUGACCGUCGCAAACAAAUUUUAGCUCGAAGAAGAGCCGUCAAAGAGUUAGCUAAAACCAGGCGUGCUGCUCUCCUUGCAUCUCGCAAUUUCCAAGAAUUUGUUGCUAACAGUGAUGACCUUAGAGGUUGGCUUGGAGAUAAACUGCGAACUGCUGGAGAUGAAAGCUACAGAGACCUCAGCAACAUAGAGCGAAAGCUACAGAAACAUGAAGCUUUUGAGAGAGAACUUCGCUCUAAUGGAGGUCAAUUACGAAAUGUAAACAAAAUGGGCCAAGGACUCAUAUCUGAAGGAAAUUACCGAAGUCCCGAGGUUCAGAGUAUUUUGGAUGCUCUGAACACUGCCUGGGAGGAGUUGGUAGAAGUCUCCAGAGACAAAGGUGCUCGUCUUCGUCAGGCUGCCGCACAGAAAAGUUACAACCGCCUGCUGGAAGAUGCAAGGAUAAAACUUGAGGAAGUCGAAGUAGCUCUGCAGUCAAAGCAGCUUGGCGUUGACCUACGCAACUGCAAACAGUUGAUGAAGAAACAUCAGGUCCUGGAAAAUGACAUGAACCAAUGGGAGCAACGAGUUAACGACCUUACAAAUAAUGGUCAAGAGAUGGCUCAUGAGGGUCACUUUGAUGCAGACAAUAUUUUGAAAGCGAGUAAAGACUGUCAACAGAAGUUUGCUUCUCUGAAGGCCCCAGCUAGAGCUCGUCGCGAAGCUUUGGAAGAAAGUCUUCGUUUCCACAAGUUUGGAUUUGAGCUAGCGGCAGAGCUUGGAUGGAUCCGUGAACACAUGCCCUUAGCAUCAUCUGACACUCUGGGAAGCAACUUGCACCAGGCCCAGUCCAUGUACAAAAAGCACAAAAAGUUAGAGUCAGAAAUCACUGGCCAUCAGCCUAUGAUUGACCGCACUCUGGUCUCUGGACAGACGUUGAUCAGUGAGGGCCAUCCUGAAGCCAAACAGAUUGAGAACUUGUGUCAUCAACUCAAAGAUGCGUGGAGUGAAUUAAACGACCAAGCAGUUGAACGUGCCAAGAAGCUAGAACUGUCUCUCAAAGCUCAACAGUUCUUCUUUGAAGCCGGAGAAGUUGAAAGUUGGCUUACAGAGCGUAAUGAUGUAUUGAGCUCAACUGAUUAUGGUAGAGACCGAGAUGCCGCCACAAAACUGCUUACUAAACACAAAACUCUUGAGCUGGAGCUUGAUUCCUAUAGUGGCAUUGUUAGUGAAAUGGGUCAUACAGCCAAUGCUAUGGUUAAUGCAAAACACCCUGAUGCAAAGGCCAUUGCCAGCAAACAACAGCUAUUAUCUCAGCAGAUGCGCACUUUGCAAAAGUUGGCCACUGCACGACAGCAGAGAUUGAUGGAGUCCAUGUAUAGACAUGAAUAUUUCCUUGAAAGUGCAGAGCUUGAACAAUGGAUAAGAGAACAAAAUCUCAUUGCAGCUUCAGAAGAUUUUGGUCAGGAUUAUGAACAUUUACAGAUUCUUCAAAACAAAUUUGAUGAGCUGAAGCGCAGUGUUGAAGCUGGAUCAGAACGCUUUAACCAAUGUGAAGAAUUGGCUAAGAAGCUGAUAGCAAAUGACAGCCCCUACAUUCCCGAUAUUGAAAAGCGUCAGGCCCAGCUAAGUUCUGAGUGGAUUGAGCAACUGGACAAGGAGGAUCCUGUGCGUCAGGUAGCAGAACGCCAUGCGGCCAACAAGGAGGCCUGGCAGCAGUUACUUAAUCAAAUGUCUCACCGUGAACGACGACUGUCUGCUGCUGGUGAAAUCCAUCGAUUCCAUCGUGAUGUUGCUGAAGCUCUAGCACGUAUCACAGAGAAAAUGGCAGCAUUACCUGAUGACAGAGGACGUGAUUUAAACUCUGUUCUGGCACUUAUUAGAAGGCAUGAAGGUUUUGAAAACGAUUUGGUUGCUCUGGAAGCACAACUCCAGGUUCUUGUCGAAGAUGCUGCUCGCCUUCAAGCUUUGUAUCCUGGAAACAAUGCAACACAAAUUGCACAGCAACAAACAGUAGUUUUGUCCAGCUGGACAACUUUACAAGAUAGAAGUGCUCAGCGCAGAGAAGAACUGCAAGCCAGUUGUGAUCUUCAGCGGUUCUUAACACAGGUGCGAGACCUACUAAGCUGGGCUUCAGGUCUCAGAGCAGCAAUGCUUACAGAAGAAAAAGUACGAGAUGCAGCAGGCGCACAAACAUUGAAAGCUGAGCAUGAGGCUGUUAAGGCCGAGAUCGAAGCUCGAGAAGACAAUUUCAAAACAGUAUUAGAGUUGGGAGAGGCUAUGAUUCAAGGAAAGCACUAUGCCUCACAGGAAAUCCGUGAGAGAUCUGACCAAUUACUGGAGGAGAGGCAAAAGUUGCAUGCUGCCUGGCAGCACAAGAAGGUGCACCUUGACCAACUCAUUGAUUUGCACUUCUUCCUUAGGGAUGCAAAGCAAAUCGACACUAUCAGUGGCUCUCAAGAAGUAGCCCUUGCUGGAUCAAACUUUGGUCACUCAGUCGAUGAGGUGACAGCUGCAAUGAAAAAGCACGAUGCUUUUGAGAAAUUGCUUGGAACUCAAGAAGAGAAAGUUAUUGCUUUGCAAGAGCAUGGUGACAAACUCCUGGCUCAGAGUCAUUUUGAAAGGGAAACGAUUGCUCAAAGAUUAGGUCAAGUCGUUGAAAGGAGAUCGAAAGUUAAGGAUCUUUGCGCCACACGCAGGGGUCAUCUGGAGGAUGCCCUAUUACAUGCACAGUUUGUGCGGGAUGUUGGGGAAGCAGAACUUUGGAUCGAUGAAAAACAAAAGAAAUUGGAAGCUGAAGCAGGAAAGGGUGAGGGCAACUCACUUGAAGAGAAGAUUAAAAAGCUCCAGAAGCAUCAGGCCUUCCAAGCAGAACUUUCAGCUAAUCAGGGACGUAUUGGUGAGAUUCAAGAGAAGGGUGAAAUGCUUUUGAAGAAGAAACACAAAUCUUCUCGAGAUGUGCGACAACAGCUGGAUCAGCUGCUGGCUGCUUGGCGCACCCUUCUCCAGGAAUCAAGUAAUCAUGGCAGAGGUCUGGAAGAGGCCCAAGACAUUCUUGAAUUCAACAAUCAACUGGAGAAAAUUGAAGCUUGGAUAAGAGACAAAGAGAUGAUGGUUCAAGCUGCUGAUAUUGGGCGGGAUUACGAGCAUUGCCUGGCUUUGCAACGCAAGCUGGAUGAUGUGGAUAGCGACAUGAGAGUGGAUGAUUCUAGAAUUAGGGCAAUCAAUGCUCUGGCAGACAAAUUGAUCAGACAGGGUAGAAGUGAUACUCGUUCAGUUGAUCAGAGAAGAGAUCAGUUCAAUAGCAAGCUGAAAGGAUUGCAAGGUGCAUUAGGUGACUAUCGGGAAAGACUUGCAGGUGCAUUAGAAAUUCACUUAUUCAACAGAGAUGUUGAUGACACUGCUCAAAGAGUUGCUGAGAAGGCUGUAGCCAUGUCUAGUGAAGAUACUGGACGUGACUUGAUGGGAGUUGAGCAACUGCAACGCAAGCAAGAUACACUUGAACGUGACAUGACAGCAAUCGAAGGCAAACUAAAGGAGCAUGAAAAUGAAGCUAAAAAGUUGUCUCAGAAGUAUCCUGACAUGGCUGCUCCCAUUCGCAACAAGCUGUCAGCACUCACAGAUGACUGGCGCAACCUGCUGCAGUUGUCAAGAAAGCGACGUGAUGCUCUAUCUGCUGCCUACACUCUUCAUAAAUUUAAGGCAGACCUCAGAGAGCUUGAUAUUUGGGUGGGCGAGGCUAUCAAGAGAAUGGGUUCCUCUGAACUUCCCUCCUCUGUGCCAGAAGCUGAAGCUAUGCUGCAAUUGCAUCAAGAGCGGAAGGCUGAGAUCGAUGGCCGUCAAGAGGCAUUCAAGGCCCUUAAAGAGUUCGGCCUUCGAGUGCCUGAGGCUGAAAGUGACAUGAGUAAAUUAGAAGAGCUAAGACGAACAUUGGGAGCUGCUUGGGAAGAUCGAAAACAGCGCCUCACCCAAGCUCACCAACUUCAGCUUUUCAGGGAACAAACUGACCAGGCUCACAGCUGGCUUGCUGGUAAAGAAGCUUUCCUCAAUAAUGAUGAUGUUGGAGAUUCUCUAUCCAGUGUUGAAGCUCUGCUCAGGAAACAUGAAGACUUUGAGAAAACGCUUGUUGCUCAGUUGGGAAGGGUGGAAGAGCUAGAAAAGUUUGCUAUUGAAAUUCUCUCUGACCACCACUAUGACAGCAAUGCCAUUACACAAAAAUUGAAAAGCGUGGUUUCGAGACGAGACCGACUAAAGGAAGCAACUGCCGCACGACGCAAACGAUUGCAGGAGAGCCGGCAACUUCACCAGUUCCUCAGGAACAUGUAUGAGGUUGAGGCGUGGCUCACCCAGAAACACCAAGUAGCUAGUGAUGAAAGUUACAGGGAUCCAACGAAUCUCCAGAGCAAAAUUCAGAGGCAUGCUGCUUUUGAAUCUGAAUUAACUGCUAAUCGAGCUCGGGUAAAUGGGGUCACAGCGGAGGGUGAAGGAUUGAUUGGGGCUGGUCAUUUUGCCUCAAUGGAGAUUCGGAAUAGGCUUGAUGAAUUAGAUGCUGAGUGGAGAAGACUGCAAGAUGCUAGCAUUUUGAAGCGGGAGAGGCUGAGUGAUGCUUAUCAAGCAUUGCUUUUCAGCCGAACCUUAGAGGAAGUGGAAACUUGGAUGGACGAUGUUGAAGGUCAACUUGCUUCUGAGGACCAUGGUAAGGACCUUGUCAGUGUACAGAACUUGCUAAAAAGGCACACACUUCUAGAAAGUGAUGUCUUGGGACAUGGGGAAACCUGUGAGCAAGUGAAAGACACUGCAGGUUCAUUUGAACGAUCCAACCAUUUUAUGAAGGAGGAAAUCCAAGAACGAGCGGCUGCUGCAAUCAAGAGAUAUCGAUCACUCCAAGAACCAAUGCAGAUUCGUCGAGAAAACUUGGAGGAUGCAUUGCUUUUGCAGCAGCUUGUGCGUGACGUUGAUGAUGAGAUGCAAUGGCUUGCUGAAAAGGAGCCACAAGCUGCUUCUCACGAUCUUGGAUCCAGCCUCACUGCCGUGCAAAGCCUUCAAAAGAAACAUCAGGCUCUUGAGGCAGAAAUUUUAUCUCAUGAACCUGUUGUAUCAAGCUUAGUCAAAAGGGCUCUCCAAAUGGUCCAAUCAAGUCACUUUGCUGCUCAACGCAUUGAAAAACUCAGCAGUGAAUUGCAAGAAAAGCUGGGAACAUUGAAAGAUCUUUCAAGCGUGAGAAGGCUUCGGCUGCUUGACGCUGUUGAGUCCCAAAUGUUCUAUGCUGAAGCAGCUGAAGCUGAGACAUGGAUGAAAGAAAAGCACCCAAUGCUAGCCUCUAGUGAUGUAGGGAAGGAUGAAGAUUCAGUUAUCUCUCUGCUGAAGAAAUUGGAGUCCUGUGAAAGAGACUUAAGUGCAUUCCAACAUACUAUUGGACGCCUCGCAAAACUUUCAAGUGGUCUUGUAGACCGAGGCCACUUUGACAGUUCCAACAUUAAACAGAAACAAGUUGAUUUGGAGAGUCAAUUUGCUCAACUUCAGAAGUUAAGGAAGUCCCGGGAAGAAAGGCUCAUUGAAAGUAGAAAGCUGUUCCGGUUUUUGAGGGAGACUGAAGAAGUUGCUGAGUGGAUUGGGGACCAAACCACUAUUGCGGCAUCUGAAGAUUAUGGUCGAGAUGUUGAGCAUGUAGAGCUUCUCAUUCAGACAUUUGACACCUUCCUUAGUGGCCUUUCAGCCAGUGAGGGCCGCGUUUCAGCAUGCUUGUCAUCGGGGAGAGCACUCAUUGCUGAAAAGAACCCCGAGUCUGGUCGUAUUCAAGUGAAGCUCGACGAAACUCAGCAACUCUGGGAGGACCUUAAGGAAUUAGCUCACGCCCGCCAGGAAGCACUUGCUGGAGCCAAACAAGUUCAUGUGUUUGAUCGCACUGCUGAUGAAACAAUUAGUUGGAUCCAAGAGAAAGAUGCCACCCUCAUGUCAGAAGGGUAUGGGCAAGAUCUUGAGACGAUUCAAGCACUUGUGAGGAAGCAUCAGGGAUUCGAAACUGACCUUGCAGCUGUGAAGGAGCAAGUUGAAUCGGUUGGAGAGGAAGCAAAGCGUCUUGCCGAACUCUUCCCAGAUGCUCGAGAACACAUUGAAGUUAAACAGGAGGAAGCAAUGGAAUGCUGGAAUGAACUUCUUGAGAAGGCAGCUCAACGUAAAGAUAAGCUUAGUCAAGCAGAGCAGCUUCAAGCAUACUUUGAUCAAUACAGGGAUUUGAUGUCCUGGAUUAAUGAGAUGAUUGCUAAGGUGACUGCACCUGAUUUGGCUCAAGACGUUCCUGGAGCUGAAGCUCUUAUAACUCGUCACUCUGAACACAAAGCUGAAAUUGACACAAGAAGUGAUGCCUUUGAAAAGUUUUAUACCACAGGGAAACAACUUAUUGAUCAGGGUCACUUCCUAUCUGAUGAAAUUGAAGAGAAAAUUUCAGUCCUGGAACAACGAAGGAAGGCACUAAAUGAUACCUGGCACCUGCGCCAGACCAUAUAUGAAGAGAACCUUGACACUCAGAUGUUUAAGAGAGAUGCAGACCAAUUAGAAAACUGGCUCCAGUCAAGGGAAGCAAUGCUUCAUGACCCAAAGCUGGGAGACUCUAUUCUGCAAGUAGAAGAGUUGAUUAGGAAACAUGAAGAUUUUGAAAAGACGAUUGAAGCACAGGAAGAAAAGUUCAAUGCUCUCAAGAGAGUCACCAUGUUGGAGGAGGCAUUUAGGAAACAGCAGCAAGCAGAAGAGGCAGCACGCUUAGCAGAAAGAGACAGAGUUGAGAAAGAACGUGUUGAAGCUCGCAAGAGGAAAGAAGUGCAGCGUAUCACAGAUGAAAGGCGGUUAGAGGAAGAAAGAAGACGUGUGCAUGGGCCUAGACUUGGAAGGGACGAAAUCAAUGGAGACAGCUCAGAGAAUGUUGUCCCAUCAGUCUCAGUCACUGAGGAAGAUGACUCUUCUAUGGUUGGUGCAUUUGCUAUCGUGAAAUCUAAUUCUGUUUCUGCAAUUAACCCAUCAAGGCUCCAUGCUCCUGACAACACAGAUACUGGUGUUCAAAAGUCCAGUAGUAUUUCUCAAAUGUUUGGAGAUCGCCUCAGGAAGGCUACUGGAGAUGUAAAGAGAGCUGAAAGUAUGCGUGUAGAACUUAAGAAGCCAAAAAGAACUCCAAGCUUUACAACCCGUCGUCGCACUCAGAGCUUCCGCAAAUUGCAGCGAAUGGAACAACAACUGGAGCAGCUGCCCCCUGUGGAGAUUCAAGGCAUGCUGGAUCGAAAGCACGAAUUGCAAGGUGGAGGAAAGAAGGCUGCUGUUCGAUCAUGGAAGUCUUUCUACACUGUCUUGUGUGGACAGCUUCUGUGCUUCUUCAAAGAUCAGCAAGAUUUCCACGACAGCAAGGCAGCCUCCUCCCCUAUGGUCAUCUUGAAGGCACGAUGUGAAAAGGCUGAUAACUACACCAAAAGGAAACAUGUUUUCAGGCUGUGCUGUUUGGAUGGCUCAGAGUUCCUAUUUUUAGCACCCAAUGAAGCCGAAAUGCUGGAUUGGGUCACAAAAAUUUCUUUCCAUGCUCAGUUGCCUCCAAGUAUGCAGCUGCUGAGCUAUGAUGAAUCACAGAAGCAAGGUACAAAUAAUUUAGACCGAGUGCCUGCUGUGGGAUCCAAUGUGGAUGUCAGCUCAGGAUCUAGUCGAGGCUCAUCUCCUGAAACAAACCCUCGCCGCCCCAAUACAUUACCUACGAAUUCAUUCCCGAGAGGUGCUCCAAGUCAAACUCAACUUUUACAACAACAUCGAAAUAACAACAAUUUACCACCUCAAGUUAUUCCUCGGCAAGCCCCACCUCCAAUUCCUCUUCGUUCACCAACAACUGAAGUCACAACUGAUGGUAUGAGACCUAGGCCACAUGAUGGAGAAUUCAUGAGACCACCUUCAUUUAACCCUCAGUCAAGAGGAUCUACGCUGCCAGCUCAACAGCGACUUUCUAAUCAGAACAAUGCUACUUACACCAACGGCGAUACUGCAUGGCGGCAUCAGAGUAGUCAGGAGCUGACUUCACCCCAUCAAGAAUCCCCACCCCCACUGCCAUCAUCAGCUCCCCCGAAUAGACCUCCUAUGGGUAUGCUGCCGGGUGUGCCUCAGCUGCAACAUCGAGAUAGUUGGGAAAAUCAAAUACCUCAACAACCAAUUUAUCGCAAUGUGGGAACCGCAGGGAAGCAGGUACAGCCUCGAGAAGCUGUGGUGGUUCCUGUUGGCAGCAGUAGCCGGCCCAAUUCUUUGCCACCAUAUGUUGCACCACCACCCGCUGGGUCUCUUCAUUACCAUCAACUCGACCGUACCAACUCAGGCAACAUGGUUCAACGUAGGCCUAGUGAGAGCUCUAGCGAAAAUGAGCAUUCCAAUAAGGGAUCACGAUCCCCAUCUAACAAUGAAGGGAAAGAUAGACGCAGUAGUGUUUUGAGCAAUUUGUUCCGAAGAAAACAGCGCCAGGACCGUGUUUAAUGUUAUUUGUCUGUUUGUUGAAGGAUUAAUCAAUUCAUUUCCAUCUCUUUUUAAGUUGACUUUGAUUCCUAUUGGAAAACAGGAAUCUGUCUUAAAGCUUCAGACCUUUAAGCUGGAUGUUCGGAACUUUUGUCCAAUUUUAUUUUGUAGGUUUGACUAGAAAAAAUUGUAUGCAUAUGAUGAGGCUAAAAUAUAAAAACAUACCAAAUUCAUGAAUUGUACAGAUUGAAAAUUAAUUUAUCUGUAAUAUUUGCUGUGUAUGGCCAAUGAUUAUAGAGGCCAAAGAGUGUACCAUAUUCUUAGUUGGAAAGUAGAAGGAUGGCCUGCAGCUUUCUUCAUACUUGCCAACAGGGUGAUGAGAAAAAUUUCUGUUCUUGAAACAAUGAAUGUAUUUUGCCCAGAAUUACCUCAGCCCUUUUAUUGAUUGUUAACAUUGUUUUGAAGUUCUUUAUGAAAACUGUUGCAAAUUUGUUAUAUUUAUCUGUACAUAUACAAAGUGAUUAGUGUGUGA